AUGCCACCGAAGGGGAAGAAGGCUACAAGCAAAACUUCGAAGCGCCCACAGGAUUCCCCGGAUUCUGAUGAUGAGUUGAAGCGCAGUGUUCCCAAAAAGCCAGGUGAACUUACAAAGUCCUACCUUGCAAAGAGAAAGCAGUUUCGCAAAGGUGUAAAAACUUCUAUGAACGUCCUGAAUAGAAAGCUUCUGUAUAUUUAUAAAACACAACAAAAAGAAAGACGGAUGCUUCAUUCCAAAUAUUCUCAGAUGUUUGUGCCUUUGUUUCAACAAUGGGAAAAAGAUGUGAUGAAGGUUGAGCAAGAAGAAGAGAGUUUUGUUAAUGCGUAUGAACAGCAUGUGGAGAGUUUAAAAAAGAGUGCAAUGGCACAGAAAGCAACCAUUGAUGAAGCGAAAAAGAUCUCUGAUCAAUUUCUACAGAGUGUCAAAGACCUUGAGGAUAAUCACCUACGUCUAGAUGCUGUUGAGCAAUGCACAAUGGAAGAAGAAAUGGAAAACUUGAAGAUGAAACUUACGACAGAAAAC